AUGAGUUCUAUAAAUAAUGAUAAUAAAAAGGAUACCGAAGUAAAUAAAUUAGAAAUCGAAGAAAACAAGAGUAGUAAUCGUUGGGCAGAUAUGUGCGAAGAUUGCGAUGCUCCUUUAGUUGACACAUACAAUGAUAAAAAUGAUAUAAAAGAUAAAACAGUUGAUAGUAAUAUUAAUAAUAUUAGUAAUAAUAUUAGUAAUAAUGUUAAGCAGAAUUAUUUUAUUCCUUCAAAAACUGAUGUUAAUAAUUAUAAUAUUUGUUACGAAAUUUAUAUUCGCAAUUUACACAUUGAUAUAACAAAGGAAGAAAUUUAUAAAAUGUUUGAAGGAUAUCGCAUAAAGAGAGUUAAUAUAUUAAAUAAAAAAGGUAAAACUGCUGCAGCAUAUGUAGAAUUUGAUAAUCCAGAAGAUAUGAGUAGAUCAUUAGAAUUAAAUGGGAAAAUGAUUUAUUCAGGAAAUAAUUCAUAUGAACAGGGUGCUAUAUCGGUAAUAAUUAAUAAAGAUAAAAUGAAAAACUUUCAUAUGAAUCAAAAGCAGAAUAAAUUUAAAAAAAUAGUUAACAGAAAUAACUUUUCGAAUGUUCGUCAAGGAAACCAUAAUAUGAAUAAUAUUACUAAUACUUAUAACAAUAGCAACAAUAAUAAUAACAUUAAUAACAACAAUAAUAACAAUAGUAUUAAUAAUAAUAAUAAUGUGUUUAAUAUGAAUAAUACUUAUUAUAAUGAAAAUAAUAAAAAUAUUAAAAUGGAUAUGAAAAAUAAUCCUAUGAAUAAUAUGAAUCAAAAUUAUAAUUAUAAUAUGAAAAUGAAUUAUUUAAAUAAUCAACAGGGUGUUAAUAUGCAUAUGAAUCAGCAAAAUAACAAUCCACACAUUUUAAAUGAUAAGAUAAACUCUAAUUCAAAUUUCAAUUUUAAAAAUGUUAAUUUUCAAAAUAAUAAUAAUAAUGUAAAUAAAAAUUCUAUUUCUGAAAAUAAUGUUGCUAAUUCUUCUACUACAACUGCAAACGGAACAGAACAAAGAAAAAAAUUAAUUUUGAAAAAAAGAACUGUACCUUUAGAUCAGAAAAGUUAUGUUGUUAAUCCCAGUAUUUUUGGUGAAGCUAAGCCAGUUGACACUGAUCCUGAUAAAAUAUUAAAUGAAAGCUUAGCUAAGGAAAAGGAAAAGGAAAAUAAUUCAGAAGAAAAUGAAAAAAAAAUAGAACAUCAAGAAGAAAAUGAAAAAAAAAAUCAGGAAACUAAUGAAAAGCAAAAAAAAAUGAGCAAUAUGAAUGAUUUUAACAAAGAUAACAAGAACCUUAACGGCUCCAAUAAAAAUGUAUUUAGUUAUAAAAAGAGUACAAACACUAAUAGAAACUUUAAUUAUAAUAAUUACCAAAAUAAUAUUAAGAAUAAUUCUUCGAAAAAAAUUUUUAUGAUGAAUAAGAAUAAUCCUAAUAAUAAUAUGAAAAAGAACCUUAACAGUACAGAUAAUAAUUUGCCCUUAAAUAAAGGUGUAAGCAAUAUUAAUAAUCAAAAUGCAAAUAAUAACAUGAAUGAUAUAAAUGUGAAUAAAAUUAAUAUGAAUAAAAAUUUUAAAAGCACAGAUAAUAAUACAAAUAUAGGACAUAAUAACUUGAAAAAUGCAAAUGCAGAAGUAAAUAAAAAAAAUAUAAAUUUAACUGUUAUUCAUAAUCACAUAUACGAAAAUAAAUUAUAUAGCACAAAUGCAGAAAAUGAAGGAGAUAAAAAUCAGUAUUUAAAAAAUACUCACUACACUAACAAUAAUAAUAAUGAUUGUGAUGAUAACUACGGAAAUCUCGGAAAUAAUAAUGAAAAAAUGGAAAAGAAAAAUUUAGAAAAUUGCUUAGGUAAACAAAAAGAUUCUAACAUAAUUAAAAAAGAUGAUAAAACAAAUAUUAAAAAUAUUAUGAUGAAAAAUAUAAAACGUGAAGAUGGAAGCAAUUACAAUAAUAGUAAUACAACAACUAAUAAUAACACAUAUAACAAUGAGCAGAAUUAUUAUAGUAACAAUGAAAUUUCCUCUAAUACCAGAAACGCAAAAAAUAAUGUAGAAACAAAUAAUGAUAUAAUGAAGGAAAAUAUGAAUUCUAAGGAAAAAAACGAAAUUAAUUUAAGAAAAAAUGAAGAAGCACAUGAUAAUAAUAAUAAAAACAUUAACUCGAAUGAAAGUUAUAAUAACAGUUCUUAUAAUUAUAAUAUUGAAAAUUUAUAUGACAAUUCUUUAAAGUAUGUGAAAAAUGCUAAUAAUUCAAAUAAAGCAAAGAAAGUUACAACUAUUAAGACAGUUAAAGUAAUAGCAACAGAAAAAAAAAGCGAAGAGGAAAAUAGUUCUGAAGAAAAUAAAGAAAAAACAAAUAAAGAUGAUAACAACAACGAUGAUGCAGAAGAUAAUAAUGAAAAAAAUGCAAAGGAAGAAAAAAAUACAGAUGAAAAAAAAUUUGAAAAUAAUAAUGAAUCGGAAAAAAGUAAUGAUAACUAUACUUAUGAAACAGAAAGUUCAGAAAAUAAAGAUAUAACAAGUACUAAUUUAAAGUCAACUUUAUUGCAUUCAAAAACAAAAAAAAAAAUAAAAAAGAAAAGCACUGAAGAAAAUGAGCAAACACCAAAUGGUGCAAAUGAUAAUACUAAUAAUGCGGAUAAUCAAACCUCUCAUAAUGGAAAUACGCAAGUAACAAAUAAAAGUCAGAAAAUAGAUAUUUUAGUUAAACCGAAUUUAAAGAAAGGAGAAAAUAUAUGGGAAGCAAGAACCCAUUUGUUAGUAGAACAGAAAGAAAAUAGUGAAAAAAAUGAAAAAGAUUCGCAUUAUAGCUCUAGAAGAAGCCGUUCUUAUUCAAAUAAAAUAAGUAGAGGAAGUAGUCGUAGAAGAGAUGAUAGUAGAAGAAGAGAUGAAAGCAGAAGAAGGGACAGAUAUAGUAGAAGGUAUGAUAGAAGAUCUGAUAGAAAAGACGAUAGUAGAAGAGAUGAGAGAAGAGAUAGUAGCAGAAGAGAUAAUAGGAGAGAUGAAAGCAGAAGAAAUGACAGAAGAGAUGAUAGUAGAAGAGAAGAAAGAAGAGAUGACAGAAAAGAUGACAGAAAGGAUGAUAGAAAGGAUGAUAGAAAGGAUGAUAGAAAAGAUGACAGAAAAGAUGACAGAAAGGAUGACAGAAAAGAUGAUAGAAAAGAUGAUAGAAAAGAUGACAGAAAAGAUGACAGAAAAGAUGAUAGAAAAGAUGAUUACAAAAGAAGAGAAGAUUCAAAAAGAGAAGAAAAGGGAAGUUCUUAUGAAUACAGAAAACAUAGAACAUAUGAUAAACAUAAUAGUAGUAGAAGUAAUUAUGAUAGAAAAAGAAAUAGUAGAUAUAGUACAUCAGAUAAAAAAAAUUAUGACAAUAAAAGUUAUAUUUCAGAUGAAAAAAGGAAGCGCAAAGAUUCUUAUGAGAAAAAUAAUUAUAAAGAUUCAUAUGAUAAAAAUUAUAGAAAUUCUCAUGAUAGAUUAAGUUAUAAAGACAAUUAUGAAAAAAAUAAGGAUAAUUACAAAGAUAGUUAUGAUAGAAAUAAUUAUAUGGAUUAUGAUAAAAUGGAUAAUAAAUAUUUUUCAAAUAAUUAUAAUUCAAUGAGGCAUAAAAGUUAUAAACAUCAUAAUUCCCAUUCAAAAAUGAAUAAUUAUAACUAUUCUAAUAAUUACAAACCAUCUAAUUAUUAUAAAUACUCAUCUAAAGGUAAUUAUUACAAAGAUGUUAAGAAUUCAUCAAAACAAAAUGAUAAGGAAAAAACCGAACCUAAAUCAGAAAUUCAAGCAAUUCCUAAAAAGGCUAUAGUUACAACUGUUAAAACUAAUAAUGUAUCUAUUAAAAAGAAUAGAUAUGAAUGUUUAGGAGAAGGAGAUGAAAGUGAUAAAUAA